UGACUUCAUUGCAUAUACAUAGCUGUCGCCAUUUUCGUUUUGUAACAUAGAUUUUUUUUUCUCAUACACAACCACUACUUUCAAAGUUAGCAGAGGAAGGCCGCCAUCUUGCAUCGCUGCUGUUCGUUCUAAUCAAAAGACCAUUUCAGUUCAAGUUAUUGUCUGGUGCAGCAACCAGAUUAAUUAUUUAAGCAAAAAAGAAAAAUCAUUAAGAAAUAAUAUAAAUCCCGACACACAAAAAACACAUAAAGAAAUUGGUAAAAUAUGGCUUUAAAAAGAAUUAAUAAGGAACUGCAAGAUCUUGGUCGAGAUCCUCCAGCUCAGUGCAGCGCUGGCCCAGUUGGUGACGACUUGUUUCAUUGGCAAGCAACAAUCAUGGGACCCCCGGACAGUCCGUAUCAAGGUGGUGUAUUCUUCUUAACAAUACAUUUUCCGACAGAUUACCCGUUCAAACCACCAAAAGUGGCUUUCACAACGCGCAUAUACCACCCCAACAUUAACAGUAAUGGUUCGAUUUGUUUGGACAUAUUAAGAUCUCAAUGGUCUCCAGCGUUAACUAUAUCAAAAGUUCUGCUGUCAAUUUGCUCUCUGCUGUGUGAUCCAAAUCCAGAUGAUCCAUUAGUUCCUGAGAUUGCAAGAAUAUACAAAACCGAUCGCGAAAAAUACAAUGAGCUAGCACGGGAAUGGACCCGGAAAUAUGCUAUGUGAUGUGAUGCUUUUUAAUAAAAGAGAGAAAAAUAUCAAUCCGUCAAAAUGAAUAAAAAAACACACAAUAAUUGCAUUAUUCUUAUAUCGAUUCCAAAGAAUCGCAUGAGAAUAAUAAAAAUUUGCAACAGCAUCAUCCGGAUGAAAAAAAAAUGAGAGUAAAGGCAAAGAAUUAAAAGUAAAUAACAACAAAAAAAAUCACAAAAAAUCUAUUAAAAAAUUUUCAAUAAAAAAACUGAAAGAGAACGGAAACACAUACAACUGAGCUAAAAUUUAUUGUAAACUGAAAUUAAAAAGCAGAAAAACAAUAAGAGAAAGCAACAACAAAAAAAAAUAAUAACUGAAACAAUAUCACCAAAAAAAAAAAAAAAUUUGCAAAAUUCAAAAUAAACCAGAACAAAACUGUCAGAACAGUUAACCGGAUUAUUACAUUUUCACACAUCCAGCAACAGCCACACAACAAAACACACAAUAUACAUGGAAAUAAAUAAUUAAUAUUGCUAUUACUUAAUUUAAUAAAAACUUAGCCACAGUUCGCAUUUUGUUUAUAACGAAACCAUAACUCUUUUUCUCUUCAUUUUGCAUUUGUUUUUCUUUUCAUACAUACUUUUUUUUGUUGUUGAUUGAAUCGAAACGGAAGGAAAAAUACGUGAAAGACAAAACAUUUAGAUAUUGAUUGUGAAAAUAAAUCAAAAAAACAUAAAAAAAACAAAUAAACAAAUGAACCACUUCAAAAAAAAAGAGGAGUGAAAGAAUCAACUCAUAAUGGAAGUCGUGUUGGUACAGACGGAAGAAAUUAAUCGCAUAUACUGACGAAAACCCGAUUUCAAAAAAAAAAAAAAAAA